CCUGCGCCGGCCGCGGUCCGAGGAGUCGCCGCACGUGGCUGGGGGAGCACGGCGUGGUCGCUUCAGCAGCAGCAGCCCGCGGCAGCGCCGGCGGCGGGGGCGCAGUGGUGUCGGAGAUGGGUGUCAAGUGUUCACAGGCCGACUGAGUGACGUCACUGGAGGCGGCGAAGCUGCGUCACUGAUAGCGGUGCAUGAGCCUGUCUCGUUCCCAGCGCACGCUGGCGUUGCGCGCGACGCGUUGGUACGGUUGGCGUGAAGAGCUAACUGCGUUAAGCCCCGUGUCAGCAUCCUCCCGGUGGCGCCAGGACGCUGCCGGAUCACCGAGCAAAGCCUGUCCGCGAUCGACUGACGGUGACGGCUCGCGUUACUUGUGCCGCGAGUGGCGAAGUGUGAAACUCGUGUCUGAAGAAACGUUGGACGGUCGACGUCGAGCCGCUGCGACGCCGAGGGGAGCUGGAUUCGUCAACAUCCCAGCUGCUCGAUCCCUCCGCCUGGUGUCCCCCGUUUGGGACGUUUCCGGGUGGCGAAGAAGCCUGUCGAAGACCGGUGGAGGUCACCGUGACGGGCGGCAGGUAGUUAGCCAACUCUGGUCACCACCAUCAGCAGUCGUCUCCUUCUCCUUCCCUCGCUCCGCCACGUCUCUGGACGUUCUCCCCUCGCUCCUUCACAUCUCCGUACCAUCUCCCCUCGCUCCACCACUUCUCCGGAUCUUCUCUCCUUGCUCUGCCACUUCUCCGUACCUUCUCCCCUCACUCCGUCACUCCUCCGUACCUUCUCCCCUCACUCCGUCACUCCUCCGGACCUUCUACCCUCGCUCCGCCACUUCUCCGCAACGACAGCGCUGGCCAAGACUGAGCUGCGGACGACUGACACCGGUAUUCAGAGAGCAGAGGACUGAGAGCAGCAGAACGGAGCCGCAGACGGCUGUAGUCAGUCUGAAGAGCACACUCAGUCAUCUUAAGAAUGGCCUCCGCGGAUAGCGGCAUGAAGGAGGUCCUCUCGCAGAAGGCGCACGAGCUCUUCGCCUUGUGUGACCGAGAGCAGAAGGGCUUCAUCGGCAAGCGCGACAUGCAGAGAAUGAUUCAGGAGCUGCCCCUGGAUCCUGACCAACUAGAGGACGUGUUCGACUCAUUGGACAUCGACGGCAAUGGCUUUCUGACGUUGGAGGAAUUCACCAACGGCUUCGGCUCUUUCCUCGGUCUGGACGAGGAGUCGGUCGAUGAUGGCGAGGACGUCGAGCGGCUCCAGCCGUCCUCGGAGGGGCACGAGAGGCAGGUGUGGCGCCACUCCUCGCAGGAGCAGCGAGCCCGUGAGGACGAGCAGGACGCCAACGAGCGGUUCGCCGACUUUGUCCUGCACUCCGGCGCCGGGGAGCUUCUGGGCGAGAGCGAGGCGGAAAUCCACCAGAUGUGGGACCGGCUGCAGCGGGAGGCGCCGGACGCGGGGCCGGCACUGGUCGACACGUUCGCGCGACUCCUGGGAGACAUCUCGGGCCGCGUGCGCCGCUGCCGAACCGAGCAGGAGACGCUGGAGACGGCUCUGAGGCAACAGCAGGACACCAUGCAGACGCAGAUGAAGAACAUGUUUGAAGAAAUGGAGGCACAAAUUGCAGCGGAGAGGAACAAAAACACUAAGGAGGAAGAGCAGAGGCAGCUCAAGAUCCGCGAGGAGCUGGAGUCACAAGUGGCCAUCAAGGAGCUGGAGGCGCAGAUGACGCGUCAACAACUCGCCGACGUUACGUCACAGCUGCAGAAGCUCUCCUCGUCUGAUUCCCAGCAGCGGCAGGAGAAUGCACAGCUGCAAAAGCAAAAGGAUCAGUUCGAGGAGGAGGUAGUCCGCCAGAAGCGGCUAAUUGCCGAGCUGCAAGCCUCCGUAGACCAGUCCCGCAGCCUCAGCCUGGAGGAGCGCCGCAAGAGAGCGCUGGCCGCCUUCUCCGUCACUGAGAACAUCGCCAGCGAGCGCGAGGAUUUGGUGAAGCAGCUGGACCUGCUCCGGAGCAUCAACACUAAGCUGAUGGACGAGAGGGACUCGGGCCACAGGACAUCGAGCGUGACAAAAGCUGAACAUGGAGAGAGCCUAUCGGAAAGUCUCAGCGUUGAAGAUCGGUACAGAGAGGCGGAGGCUCACACUGCUGUUUCUGGACUGAUGUCAUCAGGAUCAAACCAGGCCAAGAGCCUCCAGGUGCCGGUCAACAAGGCGGACAUGCAGGAGUCCGACUGUGAGGUGGACGAGGUCUUCUUCGAGAACAACCCAGACGUGGUGCAGCGGGUGCCGGUGAUGCCGCUCUCCGCCGGCUUCAAGGGUCCGCUGCGCCUGGCCGGCGGCAACUCCUCGCUGAUGGACGAGCUGAUGGAGGGCGAGGACGUGGCGAAGCCGUUGCCGGUACAGCGGCAGCGUCCCAACGACGCAGGGUCCGAGACCGACGACCAGUACUUGGUGGACCGGCACCACAAACGGGCACGUUGCCAUAGCGACCGCCACCACUCCUCGACGCUGCUCAUCUACCACCAGGGUCAGGUUCCGCGUGUCGACCCCGAGCGACCCGAGGCGCUGACAAACGGCACCGCGAGACAGGGCUCGCCCACGCCUUCGGCCACGUCGACGAUCAUCCAGCCGCAGAGGGUGUACAAGGUGGUCAUUAUUGGCGACGCCGGGGUCGGCAAGUCCAGCUUCGUCCAGAGGUUCUGCACGGGCGAGGUCCGACCCAGCUACGCCGCCACGAUCGGCGUCGACUUCCAGGUGCAGACGGUCGUGGUGGACGACCAGACGGUCUGCAUUCAGCUCUGGGAUACUGCAGGCCAGGAGCGUUUCCGCAGCAUCACCAAACAGUACUUCCGCAAGGCGGACGGCGUAUUCGUCAUGUUCGACGUCACCACCGAGACAGUCGUUCCGCAACUGCAGGGAAUGGAUCCAGAACGUCAAGGACCUGGCAGCGGAAGAGACGUGUCUGAUCCUGCUGGGCAACAAGACGGACCUGUGUCCGGACCCGGCACUGCGCGUCGUCAAGCCUGAGACGGGCUCCAAGCUGGCGGCAGACUGCGGCGCCCUCUACCACGAGUGCAGCGCGCUCCGGGACGUGGGCGUCACCGCCGUCAUCGAGCUGAUGGCCGAGAUGCUGCUCCGGAGGGAGGACGACUCCCUGGAGAUGGCGCUGCGGCUGGUGCCCGAUAAGUCACCCAACAAGCGCUGCUGCAAGAAGUAGCGGCGUCCGGCGUUGUUCCCAACAGGCGGGGCUGUCAGAGGACGACGGCGACGGCGGCAAGGCAUCCCAUCGCACCGUCAAGCCGACGAGGCUGGUGACGACUAGGACAGUGCGGAGGAUUACUGAACCGAUUCAGAGGGACGGAAGGACGGUGCGGAGGAGUACUGAACCGAUUCAGAGGGACGGAAGAACGAUGCGGAGCCCGGACCACGGACGGAAGGACCCGGACGUAGGACCCGGACCACGGACGAAAGGACCGCGCGGAGCCUGGACCACGGACGGAAGGACUACGUGGGGCCUGGACCACAGACGGAAGGACCGCGUGGGGCCUGGACCACGGACGGAAGGACCGCGCGGGGCCUGUCGGAUACCGAAGCGCAUCAUCUGUUAGGCCCAACCCUGUGAGACCAAGCCAGUUCGUUUAGUGCGGUGUGAACCCGUGAGCAACUACCGGACGACAUUCAAACGUGUGUAGGCCUCGCGGCUUUUUAUGGGAAUGCGUUCAGCCGCGAGACUUGUGGAGCAUCAGCUUCAGCUUCGUCGACAUCGUGUAAGCAAUGCGGAUGUGUUGUCGAGUGCCUUGCUGAAAAAAACGGAACUCGGGGUUCAUAAACCGACGCUAAGUGGGCGAAGUCGCCUUUUGCCGAGCGCUGCAAGUACAGCCGUGAACUGACCCUGGCGAGUGCGUGUAGCGCGUCAGUGCAGACGAGGACCGACCCUGGCGGAGGACGCCCACUUGUGCUGACCAAUCGCCCUGCAGUGUUUGCCUUGGCGGCACCGCGUCUCCGGCCGCCGUGGUGAUGUGGUGGACCAACCCGCGUCCGCCUGAGAUCUUGUCAGUCUCGCCCGGCGUGCGUCUGUGGGCAGAUCAGAUGGGCAAAGCGCAGUAUACCGCACCGAGACGACUUGAACGACCGAGCCGACUGCGACUGAACCGCGGUGGCUUAAGGACAGAGCCGACUGCGACUGAACCGCGGUGGCUUAAGGACAGAACCGACUGCGACUGAACCGCGGUGGCUUAAGGACAGAACCGACUGCGACUGAACCGAGGCGACUGCGGCAGAGCCGACUGUGUGACUGAGCCGCGGCGACUCGUUCCAGCUGAUUCGGCUGGGCAGAGAGCGCGGUGUCCAGUUGCAUUCAGGCCUGUCGAGUCGUGUUUAGCCCUGUUUGGUUGUGAGGUGCCUGAGGCGUCGAGGGAAGCCGGCCUGCUUGACAGGAAAAGCCCUGAGGGCAACCCGUCGGGCGGAACUUCCAGCGCUGUUUGUACCGGAACUUGCGCGUGUGGUGUGACGCUGUUGUAGUUUGUUUUUAAGGGCGCUGUACCUAACCAUGGCCUUUGUGAAGGGUUUGUGAAACAUGCCGUCAAAUAAAAAGCGUCGCAGUAGAUCGUCCAGACGAACUGGGGCGUCUAUAUGUGCGUGUGGGCGAUUACAACAGUAAGCAUAGUUUGAGUUUUGCUGGCAGCAUGGUACGCGAUAUGCAUGAAGUUUACGGUUUCGAGCUGCUCUUGUGGGCUAUCGGUAACAUAUUGUUUCGGGAAGUUUAUCACAGCUUAGGCCAUACCUCAGCGAAUUGUUAUGUAAUCUGUAACCUGUC